AAUAUAUAACUUUGAUAAAGCGCCCGGAAUUUAUUUUUAGUAUUAUAAAUGAUUUUAUCGAAAUAAGAAGUCGUAUUAUAGUUCGACCAAGAAUAAAUAGAUUUUUAAUUUAAUACUGUAUAUCCGUCAUAUUAUAAUUAAAAAUGUCCCAAAAGCCAAAAUUUACGAUCGAAGUAGUCAAACCGGAAGAUAAGAAAGAGUUUUAUGAAGUUAUGAGAGAAUUUUUUAUUAAGGAUGAACCAGUUACAAAAAGUUUAGGAAUUAUGGAUAUAAAUGAGUUAAAAUUUUAUUUAACAAAAAAUAUAUCUGAAAACUGUUGCUUUAAAGCAAUUGAUGAAAAUGGAAAAAUAAUUGGUGCGGUAGCUAAUGGAAUAGAAAGAAGACAAGAUUUAAAUGAUAUAAAAAAUAAUAAUGAGGAAGAGGAAGAAAUAAUCGAUGAAAGAUGGAAAAAAUUAUGCAUGCUUUUUGAUAAUGUCGACAAAAAUUAUAAUAUUUUUAAAAUAUAUCCUAAUAUUAAUAUUUAUUUAGCUGGUAAAGCUAUUGCUGUUAAUCCAAAAUAUCGUGGUCUUGGAAUCGCUGGAGAAUUAAUUAAUAAAACUGUAGAAUUUAUGAAACAGAAUAAUAUUAAUUUAAUGAUAAGAACAUGUACAAGUGCUUUUUCAGCUAGAGUUAUGGAAAAAUCAAAUAUGAAAGAAGUUUAUAAAAUUAAUUAUAAAGAUUUUAUUGUAAAUGGUGAACAAUUGUUGAAACCUGAAAGUCCACAUACAGCUUGUAAAGUAUUUAUUUUAGAUAUUGAAAAUUGAUAUUAUAUAUACAUAUACAUGUACAUAUUUUAUAUUAUAAUGUAGUUAAAAGUGUGCUUAAAUAUACUUCAUUAGUCGUAA